AUGCAGGGCUGGGUCCGCUCUGUCCGAUCGCAGAAGGAAGUUUUGUUCUUGCAUAUAAAUGAUGGGAGUUCUCUGGAAAACCUCCAGGUGGUUGCUGAUCCCAGCCUGGAAAAUAGAGACCUGACUUUUGGAAGUGCAGUGGAAGUCGAAGGAAAACUGGUCAAAAGUCCUCAUAGCAUGCAGAACAUGGAGUUGAAAGCUGAAACCAUCCGUGUGGUGGGACCUUGUGAUACUUGGUCAUUCCCCCUGAAAAUGAAGAAGAGGCACCCACUGGAGUAUAUCCGACAGUUCCCUCACCUACGAUGCAGAAGCAGCACGCUCAGCUCCCUCUUGAGAAUCCGCAGUGAAGCCACAGCAGCCAUCCACUCGUUCUUCCAGGAUAAUGGCUAUGUGCAUAUUCAUACCCCGAUAAUUACAUCAAAUGACUGCGAAGGUGCUGGGGAACUCUUUCAGAUUGAGACGUCAAAUGAGGCAAAGGAGUCUGCGGAAAAGACCCAUUUCUUCAACGUGCCUGCCUUCCUGACUGUUUCUGGCCAGCUGCAUUUGGAAGUGAUGGCGGGGGCUUUUACCCACGUGUUCACCUUCGGCCCAACGUUUCGAGCGGAAAACUCGCAGAGUCGCCGGCACCUGGCGGAGUUCUAUAUGGUGGAGGCUGAGCUGUCCUUCAUUGAAAGCCUCCAAGACGUCAUGCAGGUUAUGGAAGAUCUUUUCAAGACAGCAACAAGCACUGUGCUCUCCAAAUGUCCCCAUGAUGUUGAGCUUUUUCAUAAAUACAUAGCUCCUACCCAGAAGGACAGGUUGGAACAAAUGCUGAAGAACAAAUUUGUGACAAUUUCCUACAAUGAAGCAGUGGAAAUUUUGAAGCAAGCUUCUCAAACUUUCACUUUCAAGCCAGAGUGGGGCUGCGACCUCCAAACGGAACAUGAAAAGUAUUUGGUGAAGCACUGCGGUGAGGUUCCUGUGUUUGUGAUUAACUUCCCGUACGAUCUCAAACCUUUCUACAUGCGGGACAAUGAAGAUGGACCUCAACACACAGUUGCAGCUGUUGAUCUCCUCGUACCAGGAAUAGGGGAGUUGUGCGGAGGCAGCUUGAGAGAAGAGCGACUGCGCUUCCUUGAAUCACGCUUACAGAGAUUAGGACUCACAGAUGCCUACCAAUGGUAUCUAGACCUCCGAAAAUUCGGCUCAGUUCCUCAUGGAGGCUUCGGAAUGGGGUUUGAACGCUACCUGCAGUACAUCUUGGGAGUUGACAAUAUCAAAGAUGUGAUUCCUUUCCCCAGGUUUUCUCACUCCUGUCUCCUGUAGCUCAGCAGUUGACUCACGUGGAGAAGACUGCUGGUGUGACAAUAUGUAUAUAGCAUUUUAGGAAAUGACUCACUGUGGUUUAGUAGGAAAUUCAAGAUAAUUUUUAUAUCAGUGAAACUCUUGGUAAUUUUAAUUCUGGCUUAUUGAAAAUAAUAUAUGUUCUGGUGAGAUUAUGAAAGCAUAUUUGGAGUUAUUUUGAUAGCAGUUCGUGUCUUCAGUGCACUUCAGGAGUAUUACUAAAUCCCACUUAACUAAAGGGUUAAGAUUCUCGUGAGACUAGUACAAGCCGAGGAAGUACUGAAUAAGCGUUGUUGGAGGUAGUGGGGGUUUUACGUGAACUACUAAUAAGGAGAUAUGACCUGAAAU